AUGACUACGUUUGCUUCGGGUUCGAAACCCAAAAACACCGAUUCACCUCUUAUGAUGAUGAUGUUUAAGGUAAAAAUUUGCAGGGGGUACUGUAGAUUUUGGCGGCAGAAAAUGCGCGGGAAAAUUUCGGUCAUUUUGAGACCAAACAUGACUGUGUUACUGUAGAAAAUCGAAACUGGGAUGUUCGGAUUUUCCGAAAAUUUCUGGAUUUUUAAAGGGUUACUGUAGGAUUUUUUGGUGCCAAAAAUUGAUCUAUCUACAGUAACCUGACCAGUAUUUUUCACAAAAUCCAGAAAAUUUCCAAGUUUUUGAAUAUAAAUAUGAUAGGGUUACUGUAGGAUUUUUUGGUGUCCAAAUUUGAUCUACAGUAAUCCAAAGAAUGAUGGAAAUUAUGCACUACAGUAAUCCCAGAAACUUUGAAUCUACAGUAAGCCAAGAACUGAACAUUUUUGAUCUACAGAAAAAUGUUUUUGCACUUUAUGGUCCCUUCUUCUCACUUCCUCCCCCCUUUUUUUUCGUCUCAAAAAUUCAAAUGAAUAAAUAAUUAAUCAAUUGGUUGAGGAUCUGAAGAAGAAGAGGAAAAUGACCUGAAUUUAAAAAUGCAUGGAUAUUUAUUCUUUCUCUCUCACAUCAUGUCAGCCCAAUGAAAAUUGGCAAUCGGUGAGAGUGAAGAAGACUUAGAGAAAAAUAGAUCAAAGGUACAUUAAAAAUUUGCGGGUCUGAAAAUCCAUAAUUUCUGAAACUGCGGUUGCUAAACAUAUUUUGUUUCGAAAAAAAUCGAGGAUGACUUUUAGUCGCUUAGCACAGUGAAAAUUCAAAAAUGAAUUCUCAAAAGUCAAGCUGAAACCUAUUUCUAGAUUUAACAAAUCCUAGACCCACAAAUUUAACUGGCUGUAGAUCACGCGCGAUUUCAAUAUCUUUUCGUCUCUUUCACUCUCACCGAUUGCUUUUUGACAUGUUGUGCUCUGAGUUUUGGUCAGAAAAAUGGGCAUUUUUCCAGCGGUUACUGUAGUUUUUUUGGCGUCAAAAUGAUCUACAGUAAUUUUGAAAAAUCCACAUUAAAAAUCCCAGAGAUAAUCUUUUGUUUUUGUCAAGAAAGAUUAACAUGAGUCAUGCCUCCCGAAAAAAAAUUUCCGAUUAUUAAAAAAUUAAUUUCAGGCUUUGACCGGUGAAGAGAGCGAGGAUGAGGCACGGAGACGCAGAGAACAACUCAAUCGAAGGCCAUCGUAUCGGUGAGUAGUAGUACGGUAGGGAGAAGGGAGGUACAGUAACCUGAGAAGGGGGAGGUUACUGUAGGGUACAGUAACUCAAAAGUGAGGAGGUUACUGUGUAGAACAAGAGAAGCCUCUGGUGUACUGUAGAGGAUACAGUAACCUAUCUUGUUUGAAAAUUCCUACAGUAUGAGUAGGACCAUAUUCUACAGUAAUCCUUUUUCUACUGGGUACUGUAUUUUUGCAUAAGAAAAUCAAAAUAAGAAUAAAUUUAUUUUUUCUUGGAAAAUUUUGAGAAUUUUUUGAAACGUACAUUUUUUGGAAGUCUGAAAAUUCAGAAAUUUUUCCUUUUUUUAUAUCGAUGGCAUACAAACAUUAAAUUAUUUUCGAAUUUUUGUUCAAAUUUUCAAAAAAUUCUGAAACGUACAUUUUUCUGGAAGUUUUCCUGGGACUGAAAAUUGACAUUACCACGUGGCUUUUUGUUUCAAUUUUCGGUUAAAAAUUUGUGUCGCAGCGCUCCGCGAGAUCCCUUGAUUUUUCAGAAUUCCUCUCUGAAAAUUCCGUUUGUUUUCGUGGGUGGAUUGUAUUUUUGUUUUAUUUUUCCAUUUUGUCCAUUUUUUCCUCCCUCUCUUCUUACUUCUCCUCGCAUUUUUUUGUAUUCGUAUCAAUUCUACACGCGAAAAAAUCCGAUGAAGCAACAAAAAAAAUCAUAUUUUUUUGGUCUCGUGAAAUUCGGCUUAACAUGCAAUCAGCUAAACUUUUCCGCGCACACAUGAAAAUGUCAAAUUUAAUUCGAGGCUUUGAAAAAAGUUUUCCUAAAUUACGGUAGUUCUGAGAUGUAAUUGUGGAGUAUCGUUUGAAGGGUCCUAGGCUUAUCAGACUUAGGCUGGGCUUUUCAAUCAGCCCCUGAUUCAUGGCUCGUCAUAUUUGAAAUAGGUUCAUCCUGGCGGAAUCGUGGAGCAUCGUUCCUCUAAAUUUCGAUUUUCCAUUUAUUUUUCACCUGGUAUUUUUUCCUAUCAAAAAUCCUUGGAGAUAUUUCUCGAAUGAUAUCAUUUGGACUUGGAAUAAGUGCUGACAUUUGUAGUUGUAUUGUAGGAGUAUAGUGCAUCUUCUCUAGGCGUUUUGUACUGCCUAAAGGACAAUCUGUCUGGAUGUCUGAGUUCUCUGCGUCUCUCGAAUUUGUACAGUCUCUAGCUAGAUCUCUAGAUUGUUUAGAAGUCGGAUGGUUUCUCUGCGUCUCUUGAAUUUGUACAGUAUCUAGAUAGCUCUGCGUCUCUGAGGUUUCUAUACUCUCUAGGGUUGCUCUGCGUCUCUCUUCAACUCGCAUGGUCUCUAGACGUCUGGUUUCUAGCUUUCUGCAUCUCUCUCGGGUUCACACAGUUCAGAAUCUGUCUGGUUUCUCUGCGUCACUAAUAUUCUCAUCACUCCAGUUGUCUACCUCCCCUGCGUCUCUCAAGUUUGCAUACUAUCUAGCAGUUUCGUACAGUCAUUCUCUGCAUCUCUGAUAUUCCUAUAACUCUAGUUGUCUACCUCCUCUGCGUCUCUCUACCCUCAGCAGUCGAUCUGUACCUGGAAGUUAGCAUAACUGGCCAUCUCAAAAACAAUACCGUACUCCAUCCGCUCAGACACACUGUACUUUGUCCAAUUUCCUCGCACCUUUUGGCUCCUCCCCUUUUUCUUUUUCUGCUUCUCAUAUUUUUCAGCUGAAAGUGAGAUACACAUAGAUAUAGAAUUGAAUUGAGGGAGGGAAGAAGGUGUGUUAUGAGGGUGGUAGGCGUGGUUUCUCCUCAGCUUUGCGACGGCGACGACAAAAAAAGGCUUGUGCUCUCGCGCGCAUUUUUUUUUGUUGUGGCUGAAAAGCUGAGAAAGAGAGAACCUGAAAGAGAGAGAGAGAGAGGGAGAAAUCUGAUCAUUCAACACAACAUUUGUAAGUGUGUGUGUGUGUGGGGGUGCAUGUUAAUUUUUUCUUUCCUGCUCUUUUUUUCUCCUUCUUCUUUUUUUGAUUGGAAGAGUGACACCUUCUGGAAGAGCUCGAAGGUUUUUGGUUGGUUUUCUGAAUCUGCCUUGUUGAUUUGAAGUUCUACCUUGAUCUCAGAUCUUUUCCUAAUAAUUUGAAAUGUUGACAUAGAAUCAAUUAGGAAUAUUCUUCGAGCCUGAAUCUUGUUUUGAUCUUUUGGAAUUUCCGAAACGACCUUAUGAUUGGUCCUAAGCUUGUUAAGGUAGUAGAAGUAUUUAUCGUUAUUGGUGUUAGGAUUAGUAAGGUUUGGACUUUAGCCUAGAGUCUAGUACGAACUUGUCUCAUAUUUUGAGCCUAGGUAGUUUUUGAGCGAAUAUCUUCGGGUUCUAGGCUUUUCAUAGUUCUUAUAAUUCUCUCUAGCCUAAGCCUAGGCUCAUUCAAGCCUGAGUUUUCGGCCUCAAUUAAUUUCACAGCCUUUUAUUACCUCAUAUCCGUUUUUCUCUCCUAGACUCGAGAGAUCAUCUUGGAAGUUCAAAAAAAUUGCUUCCAAGAAGAUUUUGAAAAAUAUUUGUUAACAGGAUUAUCAAAUCUUUGACUUGGCUUCCUCAAAAUCUUCUCGGAAAAUUUGGAAUUGUUGUUUGAUCUUCAAAUACCAAUAUGACGUGGCAAAUCUAUACUUUUUUGCUGAAAAAUCCUUUUCGUGGAAUGAAGAGCGCUCUAAUGAGGCGAAUUUGUGAAAAGGACUGCUCUGCCACGUCAUAACCUAUACUUUUUUUUCUUGCCUUCGUGUGAUUUUGGAAAGGAUAAAUAUGGUUUUACUGAAAUUAAAAUCCGGACAAAAAUGGCAUCACCUGCGUCAAUCGAAAAUGAUAAUCUUUUUUGAUAAUCCUUGCUUUAUUUUUCUUGUGUUUCGGUUCGAAUCUUUGGUCAGUCGAGAGAUGUUCGUUGGUCGAAAAUAUAGGAUAGGCUCAGGCUAGGCUUAGGCUUCAAGGCCUAGCCUGGGGUUCGACAGAUUCAUGCUAGGCUUGUAGAAAUUAAUCUAGGUCCUUUAUUCUUUUUAGGUUUAAAAUUAGUUAGGAUUCAGCUUAAGGUUCAUCAGAUUUAGGCUAUGCUUUAGAGAAUUCAUUUAGGGUUUUUAAGGUUUGAGUUUAAAGCUCAUUAGAAUCAAGGGAAGUUCUGGUUAGGCUCGUCAUGAGCUUUAGGCUUCUCUCAGGCUCGUUCAGGCUCGUUCAGCCUCACCUUCUAGUCUUCUUUAGGCCUCUAAGGCUCUUCCCUAUCAUAUAGGCCCAUAUGUUCUACCUAAUUUGAUCUAUGCUGAAAAUCAGGCCUCCCACACUCUUCCAAUCCCCCCAAACUAUAGUCUAGUUCCAGUUCUGCCCACAAUUCAAUUCGUACUUUUUUCUCCAAAUCACCUCAACCCAUUAUUUAUCCCCUUGUGAUCUGAUAUCAUUCUUCUCUUAAAUUGGCACCUUUCUAUCCUCCUAAUUCCUCCUUCGGCUCAUUUUGAGCACACAAAAAAGCUCUCGAGAAAAAAAAUAAUUAUUGGUUUUGUUGAUUAAAUGUUUCCUCAUCGCUCUCCUUUUUCAUUUCGUUUUCGCCCAUUUCCAGCCUUUUGCAGGUUUUUAAGCCAAAUGUUGCCAUUAGGUAGUAGUCCACCAUCUAAUAUGAGCAAUAUCAACAAUAAUGAUACCUCCCCAUUAUCCUCUCCAAUUCCACAACGACGCUCCGCAUUCCAUCAACCGUUGAGUAGUCGAAGCAGCUCUUCGGCCACUUUUAGCCUACCGGGGCUUUUAUCGCCUAGUCCGAUGUUUAGUAUGGAUGUUAGGACCAGAUGGAAUAUGUGUAUUAUGAGUGUGAUGCAAUCGUUGCAAAUGCAACCGUUGACUGUUGAGAGAAGGUAAAUUGCCACGUGGCAUUUGGUGCGGAACAUUUUUGGGAUCAGUUUGACACCAAACACUAUAGGGUUUCGCCAAGAAUCCACGUGGCAAUUGUUGAUUUUGGCGCGAAAAAAUAAUUCUUUGGUCUCAAUAUCCAAUCCCGGAAAAUCUACGUUUCAAAAAAUUAAUUUUCAAAAAAAAAAUUUUUUUUCUCGUUCUCUGAAUUAUAAUCUGCAUUUGGCAGGCGUAUUUUUUGAAAAAAAAAAUUUUUUUUUCAAUUUUUUUUUUCAAAAAAAAAAACCAAAAAACAUGAAAAAUAGUUAAUUAAGCGUGGGUGGGCUUGAAAAAAUGGAGCUGAAAAAUAUUGAAAAUAUUUUUUAUCAAAAAUUUUUUGCAGCAUGAUUCUGAAGGAUUUGGAGUCGUCGGAUAAGGUGAUGAAAAAGGAGCCGGAUGAAACGCCGCCAUCUUCGGUGGAUGCGUCACCCCUACAGGUUUGAAUUUGGCGCCAAAAAUUUUCUAGUCCCCAAAAUGUCUACCUACAUUUUACACCUAUUUUUCACACAAAAAUGAUAAGAUUCUCUCUCUCUCUCUCUCACUUUGCAGAGAGAUUUUAGACGUAGAGAAAAAAAGUGACGUCACUUUUUCAUUUUUUUAACGAUUUCACCGUUUUUGUUUUAAUGAUCAAUGUUUGACCUAAAAAUUUCGGGAAAAUGUGUGUAGUUUGAUCUCAGAGAGUUUUUGGUUUCAUUUUUGAGUAGCCUAGGUUUGAAUGUUGUCUUCUCCAAGCCACGCCCACUUUUUUUUCUGGCCAAAAAAAAAACAAUUUUUUGAGAAAAAUAAGUUGGCGUGACCUUUUUUUGUUGAGAAAAUAGUUUUAUUUUGAUUUUUUGUUUUGGAGUUUUUUGGGGGAUUUAGGCUAAGUUAGGGGAAGUUCUCUGAAAUCUGACAGUUAGUUUAAGUUGGCUCAGAAAUCUAGAAUAUUUUGAAAUUCAAAUUUUCAAAAAAAAAAUAUUUUUUCCAGAUUUAGAUUUAGAAUAAAUGUGAAACCUUUCAAAACAUUUUUUUGUGAUAAAUUUUUUUCAUCGAAAAAAAAACAUUUUCAAAUUUCAUCAAAUUCUAACUUGAAAAAAAUCAAUUUCAGAAAAAUUUUGGAAGAAGUCUAAUUCUGAAAAUCUAAAAAAAUAUUUUUCUAAUCUCAGAAUCCGGUAUAUUUUGAUGUUUAGUGAAAAAAUUACAGAAUUCCAAACGAGUUUCGCUAACUUAUCAUUUUUGCAGGUCAACAUUCCCCUUUUGCCACCACCUCAACCGAUUCUCAUCAACAAUUCCUCCACAACAUCCACCACAUCCUCAUCUCGUCUUUCAACAAUCACCUCCUCAACUCUCGCUUCACCAUAUGGUUCACCAAUUGGUGGCGGACCACCGGUUCCUUCAAAUUUGGUCAAUCCAUUUGUUCAGAUGAAUGGUGCGCAACCGGGAGAUUUGAGCAAAAGUUUGGAUUUUGCUGCGGCUGUUUUGGCGGCUAAUAGUGUUUUGGGUGAGUUUUUUGAGCAUUUUGAGCCUGGCAUCAUGAAAUUCUGAUGAUUUUGGGGCUGGUUAGGCUUCUAGGCUCGAUUUGGGCUUCCGGGCUUCAAAAUUCCAAAUUUUUCCACGAAUUCCAGAUUUUUCCAGCCUAAUAUCACGAAUUUCUAAUGAUUUUUAGGCUGGGUAGGAUUUUAGGCUUAAACUGGGCCUAUAUUGCUCAGCUUAGGCUUCUAGGCUUGAUUUUGGCUUCCAAGCUCUCAAUUUCCAAAUCUGAAGCUUCUGGGCUAGAUUCAGCUUAACCUGAGCAAUAUAAGUCGAGCUAAGGUCUGGAAGUCUGAAAGCUUAGAGUCUAGUUUAGAUCUAGGUUUCAGCUUCAAAAUUCCAGAUUUUUCGGCUAAAAAUCAUAUAGUUUUUCAUCAAUUCUUAGUCAUUUGCAUUUUUUUCCAGAAUUUUUGGUUUUCUUAAUCUAAAAAAUUUUCAGCUAAUCCAAUUAUCCUCUAAUUCCUGGAAGCCAUAGAAAAAACAUUCCAGAAUGUUUUUUGGCUGAAAAUCUGGCUGAAACUACAAAAAUCUGGAAAUUUUCUACCAAAAACUAUUUUGAAAAAUAAUCGCAUUUUUCUCUGUGUCUCUCGAAAUUCUGUACUCUCUCUCUCACCUGUAUAAUCCCUGCAAAAUUUCCGAAAAAAACACUGCACUGCAUUUCAGACAAGGUCCCGCCCCUCUCUCUUCUCUCUGCGUCUCUCUCUCUCGCUGUCUGCACACCCUCUCUCUCUCUCAUUUUAUCUCUUAUCACUUCUUGAUUUCUGACUUCUCACUGUCUGCGUCUCUCCAUCUUCCACACUCUCUCCAACUCUCCUCGUUUUUUUUUCGGUGAACAAGAGAGAAGAGAGAGAAGAUUUUUAUCAAUUUUUCUGCCCGCUACCCCCUGAUACAUUUUUUUUCAUAUUUUUUCGCUGGUAUUCUCCAUUUUUUCGAUGAUUUUUGAGAUGAGAGGUGAAUUUUUGAGCGAUUUUUGGGCCUUGGAAUUUUUUUCAGCACGAAAUUUGGAGAUUUUUGAGGGGAAAUUUGGUCAGGGUUGAAAUAGGCCUGUUUUAGGCUUUUCUCAGGCCCGGUUAUAGUAUAGGACUGGUUUUCAGGUCCUGAAAAUCUAGGAGCAGACUAGAAAAUCAGAAUAUAAUUUUUUGAAUCCGGCCACAAAAAAUGUAUGCACAAAAAAAGGUCAAUAUUUUGAUGACUAACAAAAUUUGGGAUAAGCCUAAUUUCUUUAUUCAUAAGAAGCCUAAAACUUUAGGGUUCAGCCUAAAUUCAAGAAUCAAGCCUGAAAUUCAAAGCCUAUGACCAGCCUAACCAAGCCUAUUUCAAUAUUUUUCCAGGCCCCCAACAAAAUGGACUUGUAGCCGGCCCCUCUUCUCAACCACAACAACAACAACAAUCCUCAAAUAACAUGCCGACAUCAACAGGUUCUGGAUCAUCGGGCUCGUCAGGCCCCUCAUCAUCCAAUCAUAUUCUAGGCCAAGAUGGCCCGAAACCUAUUGUUACUAUGGACCCGUCCGCGUUUUCUGGUGAGUGUUUUUUGGGGCUUGGGCCUGAAGGCUCUAUCUAGGCUUUUCAAAAUUCAAGGCCCAGUUUUGUAUCUGAAUAGAGCCUAAAAAUGCAUAGGCUUUCCAAAUAUUUAGGCUGGUAUUCAGGCUUAAAUUCAAGCCUAAAAAUUAUCCAAAAAAGCCCAGAAAAGCCCCCCAAAAACCCUCCAUUUUUUCUUCAGCAGACAGUCCAAAUUUUGGCUCAUUCAACGAAUGGCAAUCACCAUUAUUAUCCGGAUAUGAUUCAAGUCCCUCACCAACUGGAAUGGGCGGAACACCAAAUAUGCGAAUAGGAGCCGGUGGACCAAUGGAACGAGGACAUGGUGGAGAAGAUGAGACGAAUCGAAAGAGACAAGUCAGAUUGUUGAAGAAUCGAGAAGCUGCCAAGGAGUGUAGAAGGAAGAAAAAGGUAGGCGGGGUUUUAUAAUCUACAAAGUUAGUAUAACUGGGAAACACUUCAAAAAAAAAAAAAAAAAAGAAAAAAAGCUUCGCCCUCGCGCGGACUCGAACUCUGACCUUCUGCGUGGAAUGCAAAAGCGCUCCCGGCUGAGCUAAAUUUACAUUUCUGAAAUUGGGGGAUUUUCAUAUAAUUUCUGACCGAAAAAUUGCUGAACUUCUUGAAGCGGUAGAAAAUAUUACUGAAAUUUGGAAUUUUUCAUCAAUUCAGAAUCUAAAACCUGGAUUUUUCGAAAACUUGGCUGAAAAUUUAUAGAAAUUUUAUUAAUCAAAUUUUCAAAAAUCAGCCGAAUUUGUGAUUUGAAAUCUGUCAUUUUAUCAUUUUUUUCAGAAAAUUAAAUUUCCAACAUUUUCAAUUUCAGAUCGAGAAAUGGCUAAAAAAUUUAAGGAAAUUCUGAAAUUUUUAAUUUUUUCGCGAAAUUUCUCAAAAUUGCCACGUCAUAACUCAAUCUCAUUUCAUUUUUUUGCAGGAAUACGUGAAAUGCCUCGAGAAUCGUGUUUCAGUGCUGGAAAAUCAAAACAAAGCUCUCAUCGAAGAAUUGAAAACAUUGAAAGAAUUGUAUUGUCGAAAAGAGAAGAACGAGAUGUGA